AGCGCAGAGCUAUUAUAGAAAAAAAGAAAAAAGGGAAGAAAGUAGGCGCCAAGUUCAACUGCCAAAUCGGAAAGCUCAGAAGCAUUUCAAUGAUGUUGAUCAAAGCUUCCAUUUCCAAAGCUUGGAAACACCAAAGGCUAAAGGAGUUCAAAUUAUACACAGCACAUCAAUCCAAUCUCAGUGAAAUUAUAUCCACAAACAUUGCUAUAAGCAAUUAUGCAAAACAAUCAAAACUGGAUGUUGCCCGCCAACUGUUCGACCAGAUGCCUCAACGAACUGUCGUGUCGUGGAACACUAUGAUAUCUAGCUACUCAAAGCAUGGACGAUUCAGUGAAGCUCUAUUUCUAGUUUACUCCAUGCACCGCAGCCAUAUGAAGCUCAGUGAAUCCACGUUCUCGUCGGUUUUGAGUGUUUGUGCUCGUUUGAGGUGUUUGCGCGACGGGAAGUUGAUCCAUUGUCUUGUUCUAAAAUCUGGGUCGGAGAGUUUUGAGCUUGUGGGGAGUGCUUUGCUGUAUUUUUAUGCAAGUUGCUUUGAAAUUGGGGAGGCACGGCGGGUUUUUGAUGUGUUGGUUCGGAGGAAUGAGGUGUUGUGGAGUUUGAUGCUUGUGGGGUAUGUGACUUGUAAUGUGAUGGAUGAUGCUUUGAGUGUGUUUGUGAAGAUGCCGAGGAGAGAUGUUGUUGCCUGGACGACUUUGAUUUCUGGGUUUUCUAAGAAUGGGGAUGGUUGUGGGAAGGCCUUGGAGAUUUUUAGGUUGAUGAUGAGGAGUGGUGAAACGACUCCCAAUGAGUUUACUUUUGAUUGUGUGGUGAGGGCUUGUGGUAGACUCGGGAUUUUGAGUGUAGGGAGGACUGUUCAUGGGCUUUUGAUGAAAUGUGGGUUGGAAUAUGAUCCCUCAAUUGGAGGGGCUCUUGUUGAGUUCUAUUGUGAAUGCGAAGCUAUUGAUGAUGCCUUGAGAGUGUGUAAAGGCGUUGUUAACCCGUGUUUAAAUGCUUUGAAUUCCUUAAUUGAAGGGCUUAUAUCGAUGGGCAGAAUUGAGGAUGCUGAGCUGGUUUUUAACGGAAUGACAGAGAUGAAUCCAGUUUCAUAUAACUUAAUGAUUAAAGGGUAUGCAGUUGGUGGUCAAAUGGAUGAUUCUAAGAGAUUGUUUGAGAAAAUGCCUUGCAGAACUAUAUUUUCUUCAAAUACUAUGAUUUCAGUGUACUCUAGGAAUGGAGAAAUUGAUAAAGCUUUGGAACUUUUUGAAGAAACUAAGAAUGAAAAAGAUCCUGUGACAUGGAAUUCAAUGAUAUCGGGUUAUAUUCAUAGUGGUCAACCUGAAGAGGCUUUGAAACUAUAUAUAACAAUGCACAGAUUAUCAAUACAACAAACUCAAUCUACAUUCUCUGCUCUGUUCCAUGCAUGUUCAUGUCUUGGAUCCCUUCAUCAAGGACAAUUACUGCAUGCCCAUCUGAUUAAAACACCAUUUGAAUCAAAUGUUUAUGUUGGAACAUCCCUCAUAGAUAUGUACUCCAAAUGUGGGAGCAUCAUGGAGGCUCAAACAUCUUUUGUGAGCAUCUUUUCACCCAACGUGGCAGCUUGGACGGCUCUGAUCAAUGGUCAUGCAUAUCAUGGGCUCGGGUCUGAGGCAAUUUCACUCUUUGAUCGUAUGAUAGAGCAAGGAUUAGCCCCAAAUGGAGCUACUUUUGUUGGAGUUCUGUCUGCUUGUAGUCGUGCAGGUCUGGUCAAUGAAGGAAUGAAAAUUUUCCACUCAAUGGAGAGAUGUUAUAGUGUAACCCCAACAUUAGAACACUAUGCAUGUGUGGUUGAUCUUCUGGGCCGAUCAGGCCAUAUACGAGAAGCAGAGGAGUUUAUCAAGAAGAUGCCACUUGAAGCAGAUGGGGUUGUCUGGGGAGCAUUGCUUAGUGCUUGUUGGUUCUGGAUGGACCUGGAAGUGGGUGAGAGAGUGGCUGAGAAGAUGUUUAGUUUUGAUCCCAAGCCAAUCUCUUCUUAUGUUAUUUUGUCCAACAUAUAUGCAGGGCUAGGGAGGUGGAGGGAGAAGAUGAUGGUAAGGAAGAUAUUGAGGGGUUUCAAAGUGAAGAAGGAUCCUGGAUGUAGUUGGAUUGAGCUUAACAAUAAAAUUCAUGUGUUCUCUAUAGAAGAUAGAUCCCAUCCAUAUUGUAAUAUGAUUUAUGCAACUUUGGAGCACCUAACAGCAAAUAUAAACUCAGUUGUUCAUUUUGAUCAUGUUUCUAUACCAAUAACACAGGCUGUUAAUUUCAGCACACCAUCCUUUAAUUAGCACAUUUUCAGAUUUCUA